AUGAACGAUACCCCUUCUUUACUCUCUCCGCAUGCGGCGCCCCCACUAGAUCCGGUCGUCGCCUUUCCGCCUGCGCCGCCCUUUUCCCCUGGCGGGUUGGCAUCUUCUGCCAAUGUGCCAGAGGAAGAUGAGCCCUAUACCAUCAAGUGCAUUUGCGGCUUUCAGGAUGAUGAUGGCAACACCGUCUUCUGUGAAGGAUGCGAGACGUGGCAACACAUUGAGUGCUACUACCCGACCAAGAAGGUUCCCGACGUCCACAACUGCGUCGACUGUGAGCCGAGGGUCCUGGACACUCGACGGGCUACGGAGCGCCAGAAGAGACGACGCGAGCAGAUUGAUUCGGGCGACCGGAAGCCGAAGCGACCGCAUACGAAGACCAAUAGGAAGAAGGCGAGAGAACAAAGUCAAGGCGCCUCGACCGUGAAUGGUUGGUCGAACCACGAUCGGCUCGAUGGCGCGCAGAAUGACAGCAGGAGGAGCGCAAGUCCGCGCGAACAUCUGCCGCCGGCAAAGAAGGCUAAAACGAGUCAUCGCCCCUCGCUUUCUGGCAGUUCGCACCCUUCUUCCGCCGCCCUCUUGCAGUCGCGCAAACGGACGGGCUCAAGCACUCACUUGGGUCGCAGCCCAUCCAAGUCGCCCGCGGCUGUGCCUCCGACGAAUGGCCUAGGGAACGAACUAUACAGUCAAGAGUUUAUGCGACUUCAUCGAGAAGAUCCGGGAGACGUUGCCAUGGAAGCCAACCUCUUUGCCAACAUUGGCGUGACCGGCAGUCUUUCGUCCUGGAUCAAAGACCCAUCAGCUUUGGCCCAGGUGACCAAAGGCAAAACGCCACAGGACGUUUUUCAGCGAAUUGACCGGCCCAUUGAAUCUCUACCCCUACCGGAUCUCACCAAAAGACUCAAGCGAGACACGAGCCUCUCGUGUCAUGGCACCUACCCUAUUUGGCAAUAUCUCACUGUGGAAUCAUUUGUCCCGGCCGGCGCUGUCGUCGGUGAGCUCAAGGGACAGAUUGGCCAUCUUCAGGAUUAUUAUCAUGAUCCCGCGAACCGCUGGCAUACUCUUCGACACCCGGAACCAUUUGUCUUCUUUCAUCCCCAGUUGCCCAUUCACAUUGACUGUCGGAAGGAGGGCAGUCGAUGUCGCUACGUACGGCGUAGUUGCCAGCCGAACCUAGUCAUGAAGACGCUCAUUAGCAACGGCGUCGAAUAUCACUUUUGCCUGUUUGCCAAAGAAGACAUGCAGCCAGGAGCAGAGAUUACGAUUGGCUGGGAUCUGGACGAAGAGGUUCACGGAUGCAUCAAUCGGGUUCUCCGCCCCAGCAUCAAUGGGGGUGUGAAGCAAGAGGGUUUUACUGAUGAAGAUGAUGAUUAUAUUGCUAAUUGGGUUAGCCCGCUUCUUGCCAACUUUGGUGGUUGCGCAUGUAGUGGUCCACGACCCUGCGCCUUCGCUCGAUUUGAUCGUCGCGGCAUGCCUGCUUCCCCAGAGACUGGAAUUCUCAAAGGAAGACGGGGUAAGAAGGGGAAAGCUUCUGGUACCCCGCAAGGCGUGAAUAGUAGGGCGAGUAGCGAGAACGUGCCGGAGGACGAUGCCGACGACAAUCGGUCUGCGUCCGGUUCAGUUCCAAGCAAGUCUCGAAGUCGAGAUAUGACGCCUUCCUCUCAUUUGCUGGAACCAAGUUCUGGCCCGGGACCCGAGUUAUCGGAUCGUGAGAAGAGAAAGAUAGCCGCGCUUGAGAGGAGCUUUGAGCAACUGGAGCAAGAGGCACAGCAGAAUGCGCUUCGGAGAAAGAAACGAAACAGCGGUGGGUCUAAUCUGAAUACGCCUGCCAUUUCGUCUUCUAAACAACUAGGCCAUCGUCAGGCCUCACCAUCGCAGCCAACUACGUCUUCUGGUGCCCAAAAGUCGAGAUCGACUGAUCGAAAUCUGUUCUUCAAUCAAUCCGAGACUCGAAAUCGAAGACAAUCAAACGCUGCCGUGGCGGAACAGUCGCCACGUGCGGAUAAUACUCAAUCUUUACUGUGGCCGCGCCCGGUCUAUGUCGACAUCGCCAUCCAAACUGAUCCUGAGUCGGACGUUUGGUAUGAUGUUCCCCAACCACCGCCCAAGCCAAAGGUAUAUGUAUCAUUGGCGAGACGGCUUUUGACGCGUUGUCACGCCGACCGAGUCAGACUAGGAGAAGGGUCAUCCUCUCCCAAUUCCACCAAUCGCUCCGUUGCCGAAAGCCCACAGCCCCCUGAAAUGGUUCCGUACAGUCCCAUGCCAGACAGCAACCUGAAGGACUCCAGUAGGAGUCCGCAAGUAGUGGCAGAGGAUAUUGAGAUGAAGGACAGUGAGUCAGAGGCGCUGGGCGAUACGAAGUCAUCGUCACCCAUGUCUAUUGUCAAACAAGAGCAGCCCGAGAAGCUGCCAGGGCCAAACGAGCACCGUGAUUCCACUGCGCCGAAAUCGGACGUUUCAGCAGCCACAGAUAUAGGCUUCUCGGACAGCCGUGUUCCGGUGAAUGGACAUGGCGUUAAUACUUCUCCAACUUCGCCGUCUCUCAGUGAGACACUUUCGUUGACGACUAGUACGACCACACACUCGCCGCUCGGUCCUGGACCUGGCUUGCUCUCUGCUACUCUCUCUCCAACAGUGGCUGCUUCUGUGCAGCCGAGUCCUGUGAAGAAGAAGCUCAGCUUGAGCGACUACGUUAGCAGGCGGAGUAAAGCAGAGGCACCCAGCGCAGACAAGACCGUGUCGCAAGGUCAGUCUCUUCUCCCUGAUGAGGGGCCCAAGCCUCUUGCACCGGUGCAGGAGGAGCCUCAGCAGCUUGCUGUCGAAGAAACUUCAGGCAAAGCUUCGUCGCCAGUACCGGCCAUCACGAAAGGCGAGGAAAAAGGGUCAGAUCUGACACAAUCGCCUUCUGGCGUGUAA